AUGCACGGGGCGACCCAAUUACACAACCAGAAAGCCCUGGACCAACAAGGCUCUGCCUCUGAACAGUCAACUCGUCGCCAGAACUUGCACAACCCGUCUGGCCACCCGCAGAAUCGAAUCCUGGAUCCCGGGUCCGCCAUCAUGAGAACACUAAUGCCGUACGACAAGUUACCUGUCUAA